AAUUACAUACCAGUCGAUCAAAAACAAUUACUGAAGGAUGUGGAACGGUUGUCGAAUAGUGCCACCACUACUCAGCUCUCAGGUCGUUAUCCAUCAAUAUCGACUAUUCUCGGAUGUACGCAGUCGCAGCGAAAUCUAUACUGGUGGCAAUUGAAAAUGAUCAAACAACUAGGUGGCGAAGGUUCAUUUCGACGAUAUAUGAGAGCGAUUGUUGAAGAAAUUUUGGGAAUUCAGAUACCAGAUGCAGUCUUGGGAUACAUGCGCAGUGUUUUGCCAGUAUUGCGAUCGUUGCAACAUUCUGAGUUCACGCAACUUGAACAAUACGCACAUCAUCAUUUACUUUGCUAUCUGGGACGAUUUGAUGCUAUCGUCUCCUACAGGGAUGCACUGCUGGUGAUCGACUGGAAAACAGCAAGUUCCGGUUCAUCAAAGGAUACGAUGGUGGAGAUGGAGUUGGCAAAAAUGUACAACGACCCUUUACAAGUAGCCGCAUAUAUUGGAGCGAUUAAUAGUGACAUGAAAUUUUCACAUUUGCCGACGGUACACUCUACGCUUAUAUGGACCUCGUAA